GUGAGCAAGGGGUACUGGAACCGGCGAACCCGAGCGGGCAUCGGACCGACCCCGCCCCGGCCCCGGCCCAGCCGGAUGGACCCCCCGGCGGCCAAGCGGAGCCGGGGCUGCCCCGCGGGACCGGAGGAGCGCGAUGCCGGGGCCGGGGCCGCGCGCGGCCGGGGCCGUCCCGAGGCGCUGCUGGACCUCAGCGCCAAGCGAGUGGCCGAGAGCUGGGCCUUCGAGCAGGUGGAGGAGCGCUUCUCCCGGGUGCCCGAGCCAGUUCAGAAGCGCAUCGUGUUCUGGUCGUUCCCACGCAGCGAGCGGGAGAUUUGUAUGUACUCGUCCCUGGGCUACCAGCCCCCCGAGGGCGAGCAGGACGCCCGGGUGCCCUUCACCCGUGGGCUGCAGCUGCUGCAGAGUGGGGCCGUGGACCGUGUGCUGCAAGUGGGGUUCCACCUGAGCGGGAACAUCCGGGAACCGGGGAGCUCUGGGGAGCCCGAGCACCUCUACCACGUGUCCAUCAGCUUCGACCGCUGCAAGAUCACCUCUGUGAGCUGUGGCUGCGACAAGCGUGACCUCUUCUACUGCGCACACGUGGUGGCACUGUCACUGUACCGCAUCCGCCACGCCCGCCAGGUGGAGCUGCGGCUGCCCAUCUCCGAGACGCUGUCCCAGAUGAACCGGGACCAGCUGCAGAAGUUCGUGCAGUACCUCAUCAGCGCCCACCACACCGAGGUGCUGCCCACCGCCCAGCGCCUGGCCGACGAGAUCCUCCUGCUUGGCUCUGAGAUUAACUUGGUGCAUGGCGCCCCGGACCCCACAGCGGGCGCGGGCAUCGAGGACGCCAACUGCUGGCACCUGGACGAGGAGCAGAUCCAGGAGCAGGUGAAGCAGCUGCUGGCCAACGGCGGCUACUACGGGGCCAGCCAGCAACUGCGCUCCAUGUUCAGCAAGGUGCGGGAGAUGCUGCGCAUGCGGGAUUCCAACGGGGCACGGAUGCUCAUCCUCAUGACCCAGCAGUUCCUGCAGGACCCGCGCCUCGCCCUGUGGCGGCAGCAGAGCGCGGGCAUGACGGACAAGUGCCGCCAGCUGUGGGACGAGCUGGGAGCCUUGUGGGUCUGCGUCAUCCUGAGUCCCCACUGCAAACCAGAGGAGCGGGCAGGCUGGCUCCAGCUGCUGGGCACAUGGGACAAGCUGGACAUCUGCCCAUUGGAGGAGGGUAACUACUCCUUUGACGGCCCUUGCCUGCAGCCCACCACAGCCCCCAGCACAGGCUCAGAGGAAGAGGAGAUGGUGGCAGCCACAAGUCCCCGCCACACGGUGUUUGGCCGCGCCCUGCAGGCUGGAGAGCUGCACUGGACCGACCCCCACCUCCAGAGGAUCCUCGCCAGUGACUCCUACGGCCCCACCCUCACAGGCAACACGGGUGGUGACAAGCCAGCUUUUGACCCGCAGGGCCGCCCACUGUGGCUGUGCGAACCUUUCCCCACCGCCUGUGCCCGUGUGGACACCCUGCGUGCCCAUGGGUAUCUGCAGAAGGCCAUGCGGCUGGCAGGUGCCAUAAUCAACACACUUCGGCUGCAGAGGCGCCAUCAGCUUGAGAGCUACAAGCAGCAGAAAAAAGACCUGCUCCAGAAAGGCGCCACGUGCAUCACCAACAUGGAAGGCUGGGUGGGCCACCCCCUGGACCCCAUUGGCUGCCUCUGCAGGGCGCUGCUGGAGCCCUGUCGCCUGGAGGAAGAGACCCUUUCUCUGUACCCAGACUCAGGCCCCGAUAAGCGGAAAAUAGCCUACCAACACGUGCCUGUGCCCGGAAGUCCUGGCGAGUCCUACCUGGCGCUGGCGCUGGAGGUGGCACUGCUGGGGCUGGGGCAGCAGCGGGCCCUGCCCGAGGGACUGUACGCCCAGGACAAGGUGGUGCGCAACGAGGAGCAGCUGCUGGCCCUGCUGGAGGAGGUGGAUUUGGAUGACAGGCUGGUGCAGGUGCUGCGCAAGCAGGCGGGGCUGCUGCUGGAAGGUGGCCCGUUCAGCGGCUUCGGAGAAGUGCUCUUCCGGGAGAGCGUGCCCAUGCACACCUGUGCCCGGUACCUCUUCACCGCGCUGCUGCCGCACGACCCCGACCUGGCCUACCGCCUGGCGCUCCGAGCCAUGAGGCUCCCCGUGCUGGAGACAGCAUUUCCAGCUGGAGAGCCUCAUCCCAACCCACUGGACUCCAUGAUGAGCAACCGCUUCCCCCGCUGGUUCAUUCUCGGCCACCUUGAAACCCGCCAGUGUGAGCUGGCCUCUGCCAUGCUGACAGCCGCCAAAGGAGACCCCAAGUGGCUGCACACGGUGCUGGGUUCCAUCCAGCAGAACAUCCACUCCCCGGCUUUGCUCUUCAAGCUGGCGCAGGACGCCUGCAAGACGGCCACCCCGGCCAGCGCGCCACCGGACACCACCCUGCUGGGCAUCGCGCUGGAGCUGGGCCUCCAGGUGAUGCGGGUGACCCUGAACACCAUGACCUGGCGCCGGAGGGAGAUGGUGCGCUGGCUGGUCGGCUGUGCCACAGAAAUCGGUGCACAAGCACUCAUGGAUAUCAUGCAGAACUGGUACUCCCUAUUCACCCCGGUGGAGGCGGCCACCAUCGUGGCGGUGACGGGCACCACGCACGCCACGCUGCUGCGGCUGCAGCUGGACACAGCCCGGCGCGAGGAGCUGUGGGCCUGCGCACGCACGCUGGCCCUGCAGUGCGCCAUGAAGGACCCGCAGAACUGCGCCCUGCCCGCGCUCACCCUGUGCGAGAAGAACCACGCGGCCUUCGAGGCCGCCUACCAGAUCGUGCUGGACGCGGCGGCUGGUGGCCUGGGCCACGCGCACCUCUUCACAGUGGCCCGCUACAUGGAGCACCGCGGCCUGCCACUGCGCGCCUACAAGCUGGCCACGCUGGCCCUGGCGCAGCUCAGCAUCGCCUUCAACCAGGACAGCCACCCAGCCGUCAACGACGUGCUGUGGGCCUGCUCGCUCAGCCACUCGCUGGGUCGCCACGAGCUGUCGGCCAUCGUCCCGCUGAUCAUCCGCAGCAUCCACUGCGCGCCCAUGCUCUCCGACAUCCUGCGCCGCUGGACCCUGUCAGCGCCCGGCCUGGGCCCGCUAGGGGUGCGCAGGGCCACCAAGCCACUGGGCACCGAUCGGGCACCGCUCUGCCAGCUCCUGGACGCUGCGGUGGCCGCCUACAUUGCCACCAGCCACUCGCGCCUCACGCACAUCAGCCCGCGACACUAUGGCGACUUCAUCGAGUUCCUGGGCAAAGCCCGGGAGACCUUUCUGCUGGCGCCCGACGGGCAUCUCCAGUUCGCCCAGUUCCUGGACAAUCUCAAACAGACCUACAAGGGCAAGAAAAAGCUCAUGCUCCUGGUGCGCGAGCGAUUCGGCUGAGGGGACGCAGGCGACAGCCGAUCCCCAUGCCCCGACUCCUGACUCCUGCCCUCCGCGGUGGCCCGAGGGGCGGUUCAGUAUUAAGGCAGGGAAAAAGGCCUGGCCGCAGGUGGCCGGCGGGAGGUGGCGUCCUGUCACGCGCGUGCCUAGCAGUGUGCAAAUGAGUGUGCAAGACUCCGGAGCAGAAGCCAUACCGCCAUCCUGGAGCCGGAAGGGGCUGCGUGCUUUUUUGGGCGCCCCAUGAGCCAUAGGCAAGCGCCCCCUCCCCCCAACGGCAUGGCUGGGGCUGGGGGAGGGGCUGGGAGGCGGGAGUUUAAAGAAACCGGCCUUCAAAAUCAAUGUAGCAGACCCACGGACCCCACCUCGGGUGGCCUGGGGACUUCAUAGUAGCUCCUCUAGAUCCUUCUUUGUUCCUUCCCUUGCUUCCCUCCCCCUAUUGCUCAGGGGCUCCCCUUCCCGGCCCUGCACCCCCUCUUAGGCUGCCCAGCCAGGACCAAUGCCCCGUCCCCACCGGAGGAUUUCAAGAGGUCUUGGGCCUCAGCCACAUACCUCACCACCUGCCCGCUGUCCAGCCAGGAUCCCUGUCCCUUUGGGCACCAGGGUCCCAGAGUGGGCUGGAUGGGUCCUCAUCGCUGUCCUGUCCCCAAACCCGAUAGUCACUGGACAUAAACUCAGGAACCAGCCAGGGUCCAGGCUACCCUCCGAACCUGGUGUCAGGGGCAACCAGAGAGCCAGUGACACCCCCAGCCCACCCACCAACUGGAAAGAAAAGAGAUGGGCGGCGUGGCGUGUCCCGGCUCUGCCUGUCUCUCCCUUUCCUGGUCCCCGCUCUCUCCCGUCUUCUCACUGUGUCCCAUAGUUCCCCCUGGUUAUCCUGCAUUUUCUAUUUUGCAUCACUCUUAAGUCCCAGCUGUGGUCUCUGUGGCGUCCCUUCCCUCCCCUGGGACGAGGAGGGAGCACACCCCGCCCUCUCGGUCUCCUCCCUCCUUGUAUAUUAAGGAAAAAGGUCGUGUUAUUUUGUAACUUUUUUUCUAUUUAUUGAACCAUAUAUUGUAUUUCCUUUUUUUUCCAUUUUUUCAAGAUUGUACGCAGCUUUCUUUUUAACUUUUGCGAUUGAGUGGGGUGCAGCCCCCUCACCACCCUGGGCCAGGGCCACCCCUUGCUCCCUCUGCCAGAAGUUAUGUGAGUGAUAGCAAACGUGCUUUGGAGUGGGCUUUAUAAGCAAGCACAGUGCUGGGAGCUUUGCAGGUUUCGCAUGAUUAUCACGACAGCCCUUUAAAUCGGUGGGAGAUUAUCAUUCCCAUUUUACAGAUGAGAAAACCGAGGCACCAAGGAACCGAGGUAGAAAGCAACCAAGCUCCAUUUAGUACCAAAUUGCACGGCCCUUGCACCACUAGGAAAGGCCCGCGAGGGGGCGCCCUGGCCCCAGACGCUCGCCAUUGUGGAGGGGGCUUGUCUGCAAAUAGCCGAGCACCGGAGGUCGGUGAUUCGGGUGCCGGGUGCAGCUGGGUGGGGAAGACACCAAGCCCAAAGGCGGGAACCCUGGAAUGAGACCAGGCCUUGAAAGGUGUGGCUCCGGGCUGCCAAGGCGAGUGGGCGUGGUCUGGGUGGUGACGUCAUCUGGGGCGGGGUCCGGCGUGUCUGGAUCUUUUAACCAGAGCAGAUGAGGCUCUCAGGUUCCCAAGUAGAGCGAGGGAUCUGGGGGACGUCGGGAAAGCGCUUCGUGAUUUUCCUUUGCUGGCUUCCCGAGAAGCGACUCCCUUCCAGCUUUUAAGAAAGAGAGGGAUGAGCAGCCGGA